AUGAUCCCGAACUUGCAGCUCACCGAUUCAGCUGCUGAUGCCCCCGAGAAGCCGGGUACCAGCGCAUCCCCAAGCCAGCCGAGUGGGGAGUCUGGAAAAGAGCAUGUCAAAUUGAUGGACCGUUGGCCCGACCGCGAGGUUUCUGCCCAAAGGCUGCGAGCCAGCAUCCACCUUCAUGGUGGUGGCAGAGGGCUCUGUGCGGAGGACGAUCGCUUCGUCCAGUUCCGCAAGGCCUUUGUGGAUGCGGGGAGGGCCGCCUUGCCUUUCUUCCUGGGACGUGUGAAGAUCGUGGUGCUCAGCAGUUGCGGAUGCCGGCCGGAUCCGAUGUGGCACGAGCUCGGGAGCGUGACCGAAGUCGCUCCGCAGAGCCGUGCUGAAGCUGACUCGGCGCAGCUGUCCGAGCUGAUCGAUGCCGCACAGUGCGUCUGGGUGACAGGUGGAGACCAGGGCCGGCUCCGCGGAGCGCUCAGCGGAACCGGCCUGGAGCGGGCUUUGCAGCGCCUGCUGCGUCGCGGCGGGGCCUUGGGCGGCUCCUCGGCGGGCGCCUCGCUGCUCUGCGCGCUCUGCCCGAACUUCGACGAGGUCAUGGAGGGCUUGGAUCUCGUCCCAGGCGCCACCGUCCUGACCCACCUCUUCAAGCGCGGGCGCCAAGACCGGCUUGCAGCCCUCGUCAGCUGCUUCCCGGGUCUCUGGGGCUUCGGCCUCGACGAGGCAGCCGGCUUGGUCUGGAGCUCCGAGACGCUCCGCGUCAGCUGCUGGUCCCCGGUGCUGGUGCUGCGCAACAUCGACGGCCAAUGCCUCGGGGCUCUCCUGCAGCCGGGCUUCCGUGGAAGCCUCCAGGAGGUCGAGCAGCAGAUGCAGGAGCUGGGUGCGAUGACUUGGCAGCCCGAGAUCAUCCAGCUACCAGGAGAGGAGCUGUGGAGCCUGAAUUGGGCCGCAAAGCAAGCGCUGGUCGACGGGCCGAUUGAGGAUGUCCAGACGAAUGCCGCCUUCAAGGAUCUUGAAGGUCACCACUUUCUGUCAUGGAAGAUUCCUCCUCAAGAGGAGGAAAUGCAGGCACUGUUCUUCAGUAGCCACUGCUACUUGGAAGUCUCCUUCGAGCUGGAGGACUUGCCGCUGCUCUGUCAGCUGGCGCUGGUUCACCGGACGGCGCCCCCGGGCCGAGAGGGCCUCGAAGGCUACAGCCCUGUCGAUGUCAAGGUUAAUGAGUCUGUUGUGAUUUGCGACUAUGACCCGGCGCAGCGAAAAUCCUUUCGGCAUAAAUUCGUCGCCAGUGCCUUCACCCUCCCGGCGGGCACGCUUCGACUGGGUCAGAACUGCCUGCGAAUCAGCACCCGAGAGGCCGACAGCUGA